CAGAUGAAAGGAAAGAGAGAGAGGGGGCAGUUUCGCGCCGUUGUCUGCUAAUGUGUCAUUAGCUGCCAAUACCUUUACUUCCAGGAUUUGCUAUUCACGCACAGUCACUUAGCCAGCGAUGACAAUGGUCAGAGGGAAGACAUUGAGAGAUGUUAGUAAGUAUUCACGGACACAGACGCCUUACAAGAAGAACCGUAAUGGGCCCACACCUUCUAGGACCAUCAUGACCCGCAGCCAGUGCUCCACUAGCUGCACCAGUUUCUUCAGCAGGAUCCCUGCAGAGGUGUUUGACAUGAUCCUAGACAAACUGUCUGUGCUGGAGAUCAGUGUGUUCAGCAUGGUAUCAAAGGAAAUUACUAGAUAUAUUGCAGACUACAUCUCCACUGUGGCCUGGAAGAAUAAAAUGAUCCUCCAAAGCUUUCACCACUCCAACCGCAUUGAACAGAAAUCCACCACUGGACACUACAGAGACCUCGGUGUGUUGUUCAAGAGGUGUACCCUGUUGCUACCCACAAAGGACAGGUUAAAGUUUAUCUUUAGCAAGCUUUCACAGAUUCCCUGCUUCAUGUUGGAGAAAUGUGUAGCACCAGACUGCUUUGCUUUCUCCAGCUUUGGAGUCUUCCUCCAGACUCUGAUUGCAGGCUGGGAUGAGCUGGAAGUGUCAUUUCUGGCUGAUGCAACUAAGCCUGAAGACCUGUUGGUUCUUUGGACCAUGGUGUUGGUCAGCCAGGCCCACUUACUGUUCAUCCUCUAUGGUCCUCUGCUGCCUGAGGGUACACUCAGCUGGCAGGAUCUGGUGGAGAGGGGGCUUCCUCACAAUGCUCUGUGGCACUUAGCCAAGGCUAUCCUCUUGCUCUUUGGCAACCUACAAGUCAAAGGCUGGAGUACUGACUCGAUGAUCACAAUCAUGGAAGAGCUCAUUGUCAUUCCUCAUCCGUGGCAUGUGGAGAAUGUAGCUCGUCUUUUGGUGCUUUGUGGCAGCAAUCUCUGCUACACUGUUCUGGCCAGCAAGGCUCUCAAUGGACGACUCCUUGAGAUCUCAAGAAUCAUCAUCUACAUCAUACUGGUGUGUGAAAAGGACGGCUAUCACAUGAGUUGGGCGGUGAAGCUGGUGCAGGAGAUCUGCAAGGUCUUCCAUACGCCCCCGGAAAAGUUCUACUUCAUCCAGCAACUGGAAAACACAUUUUCAGAAGUCACCCGGGAAUUCUUUGAGUUUUCUGUAGCAGGGAACCACUUUGAUGACAGAGAGACUUUCCAGACCCUGUGUAUCCUUCUGGACUCCAGUGCUCACUUCCACACUAAAUUUCUUCACAUGUUCCUCAGAUAGGAAUCAUGCAUAUUAAAAGUGACAAGAUGCAGAGGAGCGAGGGAAGACAUGGGAAGAGAUAAAUGUCAAUAAUGAAAGGGCUUAAUGAAUGAACUGAAUGAUAGAGAGUGACGGGUUUUUGUCAAAUCAGUUCAGAUUUAGACAGACUUGAACAAAAGGAUGUUGCCAUGGUGCUCAGAAAGCUGGGGGUGGAUUUGAACCUUCACCUGCAGAUUGAACAUACAUCUGUUUGAAUAGCUGUUCAGAUCGUAUCACUAUUUAUACAAAUAUUUGUAUCAAAGUUUUAUAAUCUUGUUCUUAAAACAGCUUUGAAGUUGACUUUUAUUAUACUAUUUAAUAUUUAUUCAUUACAGUAAGGUUAUUUAACUUUAACUAUUAAGACUAUUUAUUUGACAGUUUAUUUAUUCGCACGGCAUGUAAGUGUGAUACUGACUAAAUGGUUCGUUGUGCUUCUAAUUUAUUAAAGUGGAAUUUACACUUUUGA